AUGUCCUGUGAUAACGAUAGCGAAUCUAUAAAGGAAGUAAAGCGUGAGGAAGGCGGCGAGGUCUCCGGGGGAAGCCGCUCUUUGACAGUCGGCGAGGUCCGUUCGCCUGGAGUGGACCGCCUAUGGUCCGCAGUCCAUGAGUCCAUCGGGCCAGCCGAUGCUGGUCCCGGGGGCAGUGGCCCCUUGCCUCAUUGCGGGCGUCCAGACGGAAGUCGUAACUGGACAGCCCUUGGGGCCCCGGGAGGCCGUCACACACUCAAUCCCUAUGCGGCGGAGUUUGUGCCAGACGUCACUGAUCACAUAUUUGCGGAGAAAUUAAAAAACUGGGUGUGCUACUCGCCCUGGAACUCUCCGCCGAACAUAUCGUGUGGCCAGCGCUACGACAGCAUUUGGCGUGAGAGCAGCAUAGAAGAGCAGCUGCCUCGUCAGGAGCAGGAUGAAACCAUAACAGAGCCGCAGCUGCCACAAAAGCCUCUGACGACACUGCCUGCGGUUCCGGAGGAACCCGAGGAAGCCGAGGAAGCCGAGGAGGAAGAGGACGUGCCCCAGCCAAACAGAGCCAAAGCAGCCAGAACACUUAAAUAUCGAGGAGAGACGGCGUGUGGAGAACAGGAACAGCAGGAGGAUCCAGAGUCCGUGACAGAAGAAGAACCAGAACCAGCCAAGGCGCAAUUGCAGAAUUUACGCAAUGGAAGUACUGAGUACUCCAGAGACACUCCAGAGACAUAUACGCAGUUGGUAGAAGGCUGCACGCUUUCCGUGCGUAUGGAAAAGCCAGAUGUGUGGAAAAGGGCGGAAAUUUUGAGCACCAAAAAAGUGGGGAACAAGCGUCUAUACUAUGUGCACUUCUUGGAUUUUAACAAGCGUCUGGAUGACUGGUUCGACGAGAAGGAUCUGGACUUGUCGUCUGUGCAGUUUCCUCGCAACCGACAGCGCUACGCAAUGGAACGUUCUACAGGAUCGCGGAAGAAUCUCCCAAACGCCCCUUCCAAGCAAUCCCAACUGAAGAAGAAGCCUGUACAUGAAAUCAAGAAUGUGCAGUGGAUUGAGCUGGGAAAGCAUCGCAUGAAGCCCUGGUACUUUUCGCCAUAUCCUGAGGUAAUGUGCGCCGAGCCGUGCAUCUACUUGUGCGAGUGGUGCCUAAAGUACGUGAUGAAUGCCACAUGCCUGGCUCGCCAUUUGAUUAAAUGCAAUCUUCGCCAUCCGCCUGGCGAGGAAAUCUACCGCAAGGACACAAUAUCGUUCUUCGAGAUUGACGGACGUCGGAGCAUGACAUACGCGCAGAAUCUCUGCCUCCUGAGCAAGCUGUUCCUAGACGAAAAGACUCUGUAUCACAACACAGAUCCCUUCCUGUUCUACAUAAUGACAGUGUUCGACUCGCGCGGCUUCCAUAUGGUGGGAUACUUCUCUAAGGAGAAGGUGAGCGAAGACAACAACUUGGCCUGUGUGUUGACUCUACCUCCGUACCAGCGCAUGGGCUAUGGCCGACUGCUCAUCGAGUUCAGCUACGAGUUGUCAAAGUGUGAGGGGAAGACCGGCACGCCAGAGAAACCGCUCUCGGACCUGGGGCUUCUCUCUUAUCGUUCCUUCUGGGCCAUACUCGAUGUACUCAUCAAGCAGAAGCUCGACGUGGCGGAGGACAAGAUUACCAUUUCCAUCAAUGAAAUCUCUGAGAAGACUUCCAUCAGCACAGAUGAUGUGGUAUCCACGCUGACUCAUCUGAAACUUAUCAAGUACUAUAAGAGCCGAUACAUUGUCUGCGUCAAAGGCGAUGUCGUUGAGAAUUAUUUGAAAGACAAGGCCAAACCUCAACUGUGCAUUGAUGCCACCUGCCUGCGCUGGGUGCCCAAGGAUUGGACUGGUUCAAAGAAACGCUAG